UUUUAUAAUUGCUCCUCUAAUGUUGUUCUUGAGGUGGGUUACUAUAUGGAUGACAAUUUUAGCAUUCUCAACAUAAAAAAUAUAGUGGAUAUCGAGCAAUUGCCCUUUUACCAUAGCAGGUUUUGGGGCGCAGACAACAUUAUGGUUUUCGACCUCGGUCUAACAAAUGUUGAAUUAUGUCAAACCAAGUUGAGAUUGGAAGAGGACUUUGCUGGACUUUUAAAAGAUUACAACUACAACUGUCUCAACUUGUGCUGUGAUAAUGGUACGAGGACAGUACUGGAUUUGGCAUACAUAAACACUACAUACCCGACAAAGUUAGGACCCGACUGGGAAGAAUUCUGUCAAACCAAUAUGUUCAAAGUUGGUGACACUAUUAGGUUUAGAUUUGAUAUCAGGUCUCCAAAUAAAAAAUGUCAUGUAUAUAAAAUCCAUUGA